UCAGACAUCGUAAACAGCCGGCGUUUAAAUAAAAGCAUCAAGUUAUGUGAAGUGUUGUCGCAGAGUAAGGCGACCUGUCCGGUUUAAAGAGAGGGACGGAGGGCGUGGCGGUGGUGACGCGCUGUGUUUAUGGAGCCGAGCAGCUAACAUACGGUAACCUGUCAGAACUUCACACCGUGGACCCACAACGUGUGCCGUAGUGUCACCCUGGCCUGGGUGCCAUGGUCCUCAGUUACACAUGAGCUCUACUAUGUGGUACAUCAUGCAAAGCAUUCAAAGUAAAUAUUCCUUGUCCGAGCGGCUCAUCCGCACCAUCGCAGCCAUUCGCUCAUUCCCACACGACAAUGUGGAGGAUCUCAUUCGUAAGGGAGCUGAUGUAAACCGGAUGCAUGGCACUCUGAAGCCCCUGCACUGUGCCUGUAUGGUCGCUGAUGCUGACUGUGUGGAGCUGCUGUUGGAGAAGGGCGCAGAGGUGAAUGCUUUGGAUGGAUAUAACCGCACAGCUCUGCACUAUGCAGCAGAGAAGGAUGAGACCUGCGUGGAGCUGCUGUUGGAGUACGGGGCCCUGCCCAACGCCCUGGACGGCAACAAGGACACUCCACUCCACUGGGCUGCCUUCAAAGAUAACCCAGAGUGUGUGAGGGCCCUGCUGGAGAGCGGGGCCUCUCCCAACGCCAGGGACUACAACAAUGACACGCCUUUGAGCUGGGCAGCAAUGAAGGGCAACCUGGAGAGUGUCAAGGUGCUUUUAGACUACGGCGCCCAGGUCCAUGUCACCAACCUGAAGGGCCAGACCCCUAUCUCCCGCCUGGUGGCCCUGUUGGCCCGGGGCCUGGGCACUGAGCAGGAGGAGGAGUGCCUGGAGCUGCUGUGCCGGGCUGCAGGACGCUUUGAGAUCCGCCGGGCUGACGGCACGCUUCCCAAGGAGCUGAGUAAGGAUCCCCAGCUGCUGGCCAGGCUGACCAACAUGGUGUCUCAGGCUCCCACGCUGCGCUCUCUGUCGCGCUGUGCCAUCCGCCAGAGUCUCGGGGUCCAGUUCCUCCCCACUGCUGUAAAAGAGCUUCCUUUACCAGAGACUAUCAAAGAAUAUUUACUGCUGAGAGACUGAAGGGAUAACACCUUUGGGGAGCUCUCAGACCUCACUAGCUUUUUUAUUAGCUCAACAGAAAGCAGUUAUUGGCAAGGGAGUGUCAUGGUAUUGUGAGAUACUGUCUGAAAGUGGCCCGUCAUUCAUCAAACUUUGCAAAUGAGUACAGAUGUAUGCCCCAGGAGAGAUGUUCAAACCUCCAGGUCUUUAUUUUGAUUAUCUAUGAGGAAACUUCUUAAUUAGCAGUGCAUUUGUUUUAGUGUGAUCAGUUUCAGUUGUUGGAAGAAGACUGCCCCAGUUCAUGUUUAUAUUGUUUCUACAGCUGAAAAUGAUGCACAUGUAGCUAACGCUGGCCUGUUGAAGAGAAGUCUCUUCUCAGCCCAUGCAGUACAGAGAAAAACUAUAACAUCAGGUUUUUUAGGCUUCAUGUAGGCUUAUUAUUGAUUUUUCAUUAUGCAAAAUGUAUUAUGUUUGUAUUAAUGUUACAUUUUUAAUACUUAAUUAUAAUGUUAUUAUGGUUUGUCACGGAGCAUGAGGAAAAUCCUAAAUGUUGAGUUUGGUGGUAGAAUUAGUAUAUGCUCAUUGUGAGAUUUAAAUGUAAGAUAAGAUAAGGGCUAAAGUGUGAUGAUGCAGGCAGUCAGGUCCUGAAAUAGUGCUAAAGAAUGUUAUGUAGUGUUUAUAAUAGUUGGAGGGGCCAUCUUUCUCUCAAUGACAUCCCAGUGAACUCACUAUCACUUUUGCAACACCAAGGAAAGACAAAAAAUAAAAGUUGAAAAACACUCUCUGCCCAGCAUAGAAGAUGUUGUGCCCGAUGGAAACAGCUUUGUUUGUGAUGUAGCAAUGACAUGUUGCAACAAAAAAAAAAUUAGGUUAAAAUAAGUUUCUCAAAAUGUGCCAGACACAUUGUUCUAGUCCUGUGUUCAACGCUGUUAAAAGUGACGUCCACUAGCCUGCUUUCAUAUGCGAUUUUACUAUUUAUUUUGGCUUUUAUUUUAAUGAAGAUGCAGUUGCCAAGGAGGAAUACAUGUUGUUUCUUUGUUUGUGUUACAAUGGAUGUUCUCAGUCUUACCUUGCAAAAGAAAGGGUUUUCAAAUGUGUUCCUAGGUCCUCAUUCUUGUAGCAUAUGUUUUAAAAAAAAAAAACUUUAAUUUAAAUGUUAGAACCAAGAAAUUGCAUGAUUACUACGUUUUUGUCCUUGAAAGAUUCACUUAAUAAGCUUGAAUGAUAUAUAUUUGCGUUUGUCAUGUCAUCUGUUUGACAUCUGAUAAUUUCUGUGCUUGGUUUUUGUUUUCCCAUUGGGCUGCUGUAUAAAAAAAGAUACCUUGAAUCAUGUCUUGUGUACACCUGCAAAAGUGCUUUUUCUUUGUCAAUGAAAGUAAAUGCCUUUUUAUAUUUCAUUUAUUUUCUUCUCUCCAUUGUUCUUCAAAAAUAAAUCUGCUAUUUUGACAUGUAA